AUGGACGGCGACAACCAGACUCCCCUUACCAAGAGCCCGGAGCGGUCUCUCUGGAGCAUGGACAAGCUCAUUGAAACGUUGAGUAUUCUAACGGCACCCGAGAAAGCUUCCUCAAUGUCGCUCAUGGGAAAGGGAGGCAUUUUUGACUUGGCCACGUCGUUUAAUGUUUGGUCGACAAAUCUCUUUUUAUCGUCUAAUCUUCGCCCAGACCAAGGUGCUGCCAUUGUCUUUAAUUUCUUGAUCAGUCGCAUUUUCAAAGAGGACUAUGUCACUGGCUUAAUUAGGGCCCGUGCAGCCUCCUCGAGCCCAGCUCUCCUUGGGGAGUCGGUCGACAAGGAGCUGAAAAUACGCGAAGUGCUGUUUGGUUGUAGUGAGAACCCUGAGCACCACACGCCAUUGUCACAGAGCCCCUGUUUAGAUCUCAACGAUUGUAGCAAAUUCUAUUAUCCAGAGUCUUAUAUCCAUUCAGAGCUCUUCAUGAAGCUUCACGGAGAGGAGCUUCCGUUAAGCAUUUGUGGCAAGGUCUUGAACAGUCAUCUCGGCUUUAAAUGUCAAUACUGCACUACCGAUAAGUCCUCCGUUAUGUGCCUCGAAUGCUUCGAUGAGUCAAAGCACGUUGGGCACGAGUAUCGGUGCUUCUUCAGUACGGGGCUCUGCGACUGUGGCAGCGUCGUCUCGACAGGGAAGACCGGGGUGUGCGCAAGGCAUCUUGGAGACAACUACUCUAAAAAUGCCCUGUCUGUCUACACGGGGAUCGUCGGUUCAUCGUGUGAUUUAGCUAUGUUGUGCAAUGUCGCAGUCUUCUUGAGCGUUGCGCUUCUUCAGAGCAUUAUUUUUCCAAUAGAAGCCUUUCUAACGAAUCUUACAGCUAUUGAUGCGGGCGCUUUGGGUGACUCUCCCGCUAUUUCUAUCGCUUCGGCAAAAAGGUCUGAUCUGGAGUGUUCUGUCCAAUCCCUGGUUAAUAAUGUUUUUCACCACUUAUUUAUUAAUGUGAAAAUUGAUGGCUUUUGGAGGAUUCUUUCAAAGGUGCUGACUAUCCCUGUCACAAACUCUACCACCGUGGGUGACAUUCUGGCAUAUGACCCUGUUCAUCAACGCUACUAUCGGGAUGUUAUGGCGUUUGCGCAGAAAUUAGUUUCUUCUCGUAGGUCUCUGAUUGCCGGUAUUUCUAAGCUGCGGUCAAAUGCCCUUUCACUGUCUAUGCUGAUGGAGGACUUGGCGGAAGGACUGGUCCUUUCUGACAUUAUCUUUUCUUUAAGCUUAUUCAAGGUUAUCCUAGACAAGGAAAAGUUGUGCUUGUCUCGCACGACAACUGCCUCUGGACUGGAACAUGAUCAGCGCUGGCUAACUGUGGAUAGUCCUGCACUCAACGACCUACUCAAGUUUAUCGUGGAUGGAUUAAUUUUUGAGCCAAUCUAUCGAGUCUUUCUGUGCAAUAUUUAUCAUUGGUAUUACCCAUAUCUUUUCAUUGGUGCCUUAAAUAAUGACAUCUCUGAAGGGCCAUGGGACUUGGCUGCAGACAAGCUUGCUCACGCAUUUACUCAUGACCCGCCCAUGUUCUGCAAAUAUAAGCCGCGCUUUCUGCAGAUUCAACGUGCAUUUGCUUAUGGUCCCAUUUCGUUUUCUGUCGUCAACGAAGCGAUAAAGCAGUUAUCCUUGAUAUACAACGAUAAGUAUGCGGAGACUUUCGAUGCUGCUUACCUCCAUUCUUACUUACUAGAGAACUUCAAACUUCCCCACAGAGUCAUUCCUCAAGACAAUGUCUGGACACGAGCGCCAGUUCAGAUAUACACAGAGUUUAACCCCGUAGACGAGGCCUGCCAUCUUAUUGCAGGCUACAUUCUCUCCACAGUUUAUCUUUCUCUUUCGAUCUCCUUUGUUCCCAAUUAUCUCCACAGGGAGCGUGCCUUGCUUUUUAGGGAAUACAUAUUUAAAACUCUCCACGAUAACUAUAUUGAUUGUGGACAACUUGGUGCUGGAAUGGCUUCUACUGCAGCCGAGAAUGGGUCUCUGACAGAUACCAUUUUUAAUAGCAUCUUCCGUGGCCUCGAUGAGUCACUUCCGUACAUGUGUUGUAUACCGAACGGUUUCUUGCCUAUCAGCAAUCUUGACAAUGGCGAGUAUGGCGAUGACACAAGGUUUGCAAUAGAAGCGCACCGAAGCUUCUUUGACGUGUACUUGUCGUCGUGUAUUGGAGUCCACCAUCCGAUAGCAUAUUCUGGUAAGAUGAGCAACUUUACACAAUCGUCCUUCUUCCACCCGCUUCCUGCUAUGGCCUUGCUGGCUGUCAUUUCAUCCCUAACAACUGUGGAUGCUCUUCAAGUGAUGUAUGGAAAUCAUUUGGAGAUGGACACUGAAUUCGGAACAACGCGUUAUCGAAAUGUGCUGACCUAUUCAGACUUUACUACCUACUUUACUUACGGGGCCUGGUUCGCGUUUACUCACGGCCCGUUUUAUAAUGACAAUCCAAUGUUUCCCAACGACACUAUCUCCCGCAAGCAUUGUGACGCCUUCAAGCUUGCUGAGCUUCGUGGAAAGUUUGGUCGCAAUGACUCCGAGAUUCAGACAGGCAAUGCCUAUAUCCUUUCGUUUUUGCAUCUUCUUUGUAUGUUUAUUCUUACGAUAAAUAAUUCCGAAGCGCUAUCUUUUGAGCCCUUGUUUCAGGGGGCAAAGGAAAUCGAGCGGGAACAAGCUUCUGUUGAAGCCUUGAAAACAGGCUCGUCAACAGUGGAAAAAUUUGAUUAUCAUGAGCUCGACCUGGAAGUCCACAUCUAUCACCCCAUUUUCCUUCCUCUGCACUACAUCCUUGGGUAUACACUUGGCGCCGUUUCUACACGAAACGCAUUUGGGAUAUCAUCUGUUGCCGUCAGUGAUGUUAUUGCCCAGACCAUCGAUCGUAUUAUCAGCCUGAACAAUUACGUCGAAGAGCCCGUCUCCAUUCUCAAGGUGCAGCUCUUUAAUUUGUGCUGCCACUAUAACAAUGUCCUCAAGGGCUCCUCUAUCUUUACAGAGUACUUAAGAGCUAGCUGUCUGACCCCUGAAGAGCAAAAGCUGGCGGUUGAAAUAGGGAUCUGUGACCUUGCACAUGACGAGGAAUACGUAUCUCCGUGCCUUGUACGGCCUCGUCACACAGUCUGGAACCAAUACCAAAAUAUCUUCUGGAAUGAGGCAUGCCUUCCGGGCCUCAACGUUCGAACCAGAAUCGCCUUGGAGCUCGUCUUACUGCCAUUCAAGACUCUAAUUGCGAUUGCCCUAAACUUUUCCGAGAUGUUUGUGCGCUCAGGCAUGGCACAGAAGUAUAUAUUCUAUGUCCUGAUGAAUAGCUCUAGGGCCUGUUCGGCUGAUUUGCUGUCUAUGGGAUAUGCUUGCCAAAGCGUUCUCAGAUUUCUUUACGAUCAGCAAGAGAGCUGUCCUGGUGGUCUGGAGGCCUUCUUCUUCAUUCUGUUCAACUUGGCAGAGCGCCGCAUAGCUUUAGAGAAGGACCUGGCAAAAGUCACAAAUGCGCGAGCUUUAAUUCUGAAGACUGCAAUCAGCUUUCUAUGCUUUGAUUACUCUCCGCGUACCGUUGAGAAUCAACUCGCUCUUCUGUAUCUUCCAAGACUUGUGGAUGCGUCGCCUGACGAUACUGUUGUUAGCAUUGUCGAUAGCUGCAUGAGACUAACCUUCUGGCGCGAGCCCACAGUGAUGGGGACUCUUGCUCAAGUGUGCGAUAUUAUAUAUCCUGCAACUGACGCUCUGAAUACAGACGUCUAUUCGAUCACCGAGUGUGCAGCAUACUAUCGACUGAACAAAAAGGGGUGGGCGUAUACUUCCAUCUAUUCUCCCACAGUCACGGGGAUAGACUACGUAGACGCUUGGGAGCGAUAUUGUAGGGAGACCAACCAGCCGCAGGAGGACUGCUCCACCGACAGGCGAGUGCCAGUACCCGUUCCCCAAUGUGUUGCUGGACUCACUGCGCUGAGCAAUGAUGUAGAAAAAUUGGAUGGCGACUAUGCAGAUCUUAUUUCCAUACACGGAAAUGGACUCAGUCCAGCGCUUACUGCUGCCGUCAUGAGAAUUCCUUGCGUUGGCCUGUACAUAUGUCAGGUAUUUGCUGAUGCUGUACUGAGUCACUUCACGCGGACAGACGUCGAAUCCUCUCUGCGACCAACAGUGGUUCUGUGCUUAUGCAACACAUUCUUCUUGCUUCACCACUACACUAUUCGAGACGUUCCUGAACAUGCUGGAGCUGGCGCUCCCUCACUAGUCGACCCCGCCGUCAAGAAGGCUGUCACUGAGACAUACGAUGCGCUCUAUACUUAUAUCAAGAGCGUGCUUGAUUCGGGCAUCUCGCACUGCUUCUUCAACGAUUCGAUUAUGGAAUUUCUAAGGACAGUUGUGUACCGUGAAAAGUUCCAACCAGAGGUAUCUCUCGUUGAUUCAGAAUUAUCGACUACAAAGCCAAUUACGAAAAAACCUAAGAGAAAGUUGGCGUUUCUGAAGGAGAAGCUUGGCCCCAGUAAGUCUGGGAUCCUGAUGUCGAUAGAUGACCUCACCAGUUUAGAGACACUAACUAGCAUAUCGCAUGAACCUGCUAAGAAUAGCAAUCUUGAUACUCAGCAGUUUUUCCCAGCGUCAGUAGGCAAGGUCUUAUAUGAGGUUGUUCAGAGCAUCAUAGUUAAUAAUGACACUCAGUGCUACAACUGCAGGCUCUUUGAUGUGCCAGAACUGCCCAUAUGCCAGCCAGUAGCGUUCGUCCCGAACAGCCUCAACAAGCUCUACGCAAAUAUCCUUAAGCAAAGCCACAAGGGAGACAAGGAAUUCUCGAACAUAUUAGAGCACCCGUGGAUCAACCCAGCUCGCCAACUGUUCGACAAGGACCUGGUGUUGAUAGCCUAUCCGCCGCUUCCUGCAGACCAGCAUCUUGAAGAGAUUGCGCAUCAUACUAACCACAUCAAGUAUAAGGAUGCCUUUCGAGGAGUGAUCUUUUCUAAGAGCACCACACUUUCCAUCUGGAACGCAAUACCGCUUGUGCACAGUCUUUCUGACAAGCUCUAUGACGUCCCAACGGUGAAGUAUUUCAUUCGCGUUGCAGGAUGCAAGCAUUUCUCCCACAGCAGCUGUUUGUCCUUCAAUAAGAUCACUUCUCUCCCUAAGACCUGCUCUAUCUGCCGCCGCUUUUAUAACACGUGUCUGCCCGUAGUGACCGCCUACAAGAGUCAGUCGUCAAGUCCAGAGGGGAUUGCUAAGCUUAAGGAGCAGUUGCUCGAGGAGUUUCGUCUUCAAUCACUCGCCAUGGCCAUGUGCAUGAGCGUUCUUAUUUACCACGGUAACGCAACCAUCGCACUAUCCACACAGCAGCUUUAUGCAGAAUUCGUCAGUGCCUCCUCGUUUUCUCUUACUGAGUCGCCAACAGCCCAGCUUUUGUUCCCAAGACGGUCUGCUAGGCAUCAAGAGACGUCCCUAGCGCAUUCACAAAAUCUGAUCUACUCUGCAUGGUACAUCAUGUUUUCUGACCUCAUUCUUUACAACACCUUCCUUACUCUCCAUGGCUUCAGCAUAGGGCUUCAAAGCAAGCUUUUCACGGAUAGCAGACUUAUGACGAUGCUUGGAUCCAAUCUCUCGUCCCUUGGGAGCGUUGUAUUGAUAGCACAGAUAACGCUUUCCUUUCUCAUAAAUAGGUAUGGCCCAAACCUGUGCACUAUCGCCUUUGGUCCUGCGCGCAUGAGGUGCACCCAUAUACUACAGCAAGAGCUUUUCAUGGAGCUCCACCGCUCCUUUGUCAAAGUUCUUGAAACGCUUAUUGGUAUCUUGAAGGAUACCGAAAGGACACCAAAGACCAAGAAUAUGUAUGGCUUUGUAGACAACAUCUCAGCCGAGAGCGGCUCCACGGAAAAGGUAGUCUAUUGGGCCCAGGGGAAUUCCAUGACUCUCACCGAUAGGGAAAUCUCUCAGGCGAUUUUAGACCAGAACGAUGGAAGGAGGGAGCUCUCUCUUAAGGCACAGUGCAUAAUUCCGUCAAUAUAUAACUUUUCCCAGGUGAAUUGCUACCUUGGAAUCUUUCUCCAAAUAUCCAACCGCAUCGUCGGGGUCAUCGGAUUUCCUCUUUUCAUGCACUAUCUUGGCCAGCUGCUAGCCUGUUUCGACCUUCUACACCCGGGCGAAGAUGUUUUCCUGCCCUUCACUAAUCUGUAUGAGAACCCAGCCGUUGUGUUUGUUGCACUUUUCCUCUCCUAUGAGGUCGGGCUUUUCUCAAUUACAGAGCCCUCUGUUCUGAUAUCAGAGCAGCAAUAUCAUAACCUUCAUUCGCAGUACAACUCCUGUCCGAGCGACGCCUUGUCUUACCAAUCCUACUGUCAGCGGGAAGCUCUAAUGGCUCGGAGCCUUAUAGUAGAUCACGCACACAUCUCUAUGAGGCAUUCGUCUGAUUACGACCUGGCCCUCUUUGCAGAGAGCGUUGCAGAGGCACUGAAUGAAUUAACUACAAAACUGGGCUACGACGAGGAACAGACGCCUUGGAAUGCGGGUCUUAUUAUUGAGCUAUUCACCGAAAUUAAUGACACUCUGGGUCUAGCUUACCAGGGUUGGAAGACUACCAACUAUUCACAGGACGAGAUUCUUUCGAAUAUCUGUGCGACCAUGCCAAGAUUUGAGCAUAGGAAGUUUGUUAUUCUUGCAAAGAACGCUCUUACGGCCGCCAGGUCUAUUGUCACCCCAGGAGAACUUUAUCUCUUUGUUCAUGCCUUCAAGGCAUCCCACGUGCUUUCUGCCGUGGGAACCUUCUUCGGGAAUACUGCCUCAGAGCACAACAAGGUUAUUUCUUCGAUCAGCUCUUUAGAAGGAUACUCCCUUCACGCCCGCAGGUUUUGCAUGACUCACCUCCGGAGCUUCGUGGAUAGCCGCCACAGUUUUACAGUAGCCGCACCCCCGUCUUCCUAUGGCCUCUACAGCAUGAUAGCAGGCAGGGACAGUCUCCGCAUCACGCCUCUGGAUUAUUCCAGGCGCUACCUAUACAAGGUCUUUCCGUUUUCCUACACGGCCGUUAAAGCUCUGAAAAAGUACAUCACAGAUAAGCACGCUUGUCCAUACUGCAAAUACACACCAGAGAGGUCUAAGAAUGACGAGAUCAAUCUCAUUGUGUGCAUGAUGUGUGGACAGUGCUUCUGUAACUUCUGCGGCCAUACUCAUACCAAUAUCAACAUCCAGGAGACUCCCGAUUAUCUAGAUAUCGAUAGGUUCCUUGCUCUGCACGAUAGUUUGGAUGUUUGGACUCCUGUUAUAGACAUAUCGGCAAAGGCCCUCCAUAAGUAUAGCAUUUUCAUCUCCAUUCUCCACCAUAGCGCUGCGUGCAUUCUUCCUGCCGUGUUCUAUUUGCCCGCGCAGAACAAGAUCCUCUGCCUCAAUGGGACUGGAGUCAUAUGGACCCAGCCCGCUCCUAUGCUGAGUAAGUACGGGGAUCCUGACGUCAACAUGCGGGACGGGAUUCCCGUGAGGUUGGCUGAAGAGCAGGUUGGCCGGCUUUUUGCAACGGUGCUUAUAAAUGGGCUCUUGGAUCUCCCUGUGGAGCAUAACGGAUUCUUCUCCAUACCGUACUACCUCGGGUAG